GGAGCGCUGCUGAGGCCAAAGGGGAAGUUAGGUUUUGCUGGGACUGAGGGGGUGCCCCCCCCACCGGAUGGUAGCCUUUGGGGUUUUUAGGGGGAGGGGAGGUGGACCAGGGACAGGCAGUGGAUUAUCAGAGUGAUUAAAUGCACUCACUUAGAUUCCUUUACAUUCUGAUGGGAUAGAGAAAAACUUGCACCAUGGGCAAUACAGCUAUGUGUAAGGUGUGCGGCUCGGACAAGGGCCUGAGGACCGCCGGGAGCCAGUCAAACCUGGACCAGAAUGCUUUUCCAGACUACUACUGUCAGGAGCAUUUUCCUUUGCAGCCUCCACUGAUGCUGUCGGACAGUAACACCAGUUUCCUGCGGGCAGCGAGAGCAGGAAACAUCGACAAGGUUUUGGAAUAUCUUAAAGGGGGAGUGGACAUCAGCACCUGCAAUCAGAAUGGUCUUAAUGCACUGCACCUGGCAGCCAAGGAGGGCCAUGUGGAUCUGGUCCAGGAGCUGUUGGAAAGAGGUGCAUCAGUAGAUUCAGCCACAAAGAAAGGAAACACAGCACUUCACAUAUCCUCUCUAGCUGGUCAGGCUGAAGUGGUGAAGAUCCUGGUGAAACGAGGAGCUGACAUCAAUGCACAGUCUCAGAAUGGGUUCACUCCUUUGUACAUGGCCGCUCAGGAGAAUCAUAUGGAUGUGGUGCGAUACCUGCUUGAGAAUGGAGGCAACCAAAGCACUGCUACUGAGGAUGGUUUCACCCCUCUGGCCAUCGCUCUCCAGCAGGGCCACAACCAAGUGGUCUCUAUCCUCCUGGAGAAUGAUACUAAAGGCAAGGUCCGCCUGCCAGCCUUACACAUCGCUGCCCGCAAGGAUGACACCAAGUCAGCUGCCCUGCUCCUCCAGAACGACCACAAUGCUGAUGUCCAGUCGAAGAGUGGAUUCACCCCCCUGCAUAUCGCUGCCCACUAUGGCAAUGUCAACGUAGCCACUCUCCUGCUGAACCGAGGGGCAGCAGUCGACUUCACAGCGAGGAAUGGGAUUACACCUCUUCAUGUGGCGUCCAAGCGUGGCAACACUAACAUGGUUGGCCUGUUACUGGACCGUGGCUCUCAGAUUGACGCUAAAACCAGGGAUGGUCUGACUCCCCUGCACUGUGCGGCCCGCAGCGGUCAUGAUACAGCUGUGGAGCUGCUGCUGGAGAGAGGAGCGCCCCUGCUGGCCAGGACCAAGAACGGGCUGUCUCCUCUGCACAUGGCAGCACAAGGCGACCACGUGGAAUGUGUCAAACACCUUCUGCAGCACAAGGCUCCUGUUGAUGAUGUCACGUUGGACUACCUGACAGCGUUGCAUGUGGCAGCUCAUUGCGGUCACUACAGAGUCACCAAACUGCUGCUGGACAAGAGAGCCAACCCCAACGCCAGGGCACUGAAUGGCUUCACUCCGCUGCACAUUGCCUGCAAGAAGAACAGAGUGAAGGUGAUGGAGCUUCUAGUCAAAUAUGGAGCCUCCAUCCAGGCCAUCACAGAGUCUGGCUUGACUCCAAUCCACGUAGCAGCCUUCAUGGGUCACCUGAAUAUCGUGCUGCUGCUGCUGCAGAAUGGAGCCUCACCCGACGUCAGCAAUAUUCGUGGGGAAACAGCGUUACACAUGGCAGCCCGGGCAGGGCAGGUGGAGGUGGUCAGAUGUCUGCUGAGGAACGGAGCGAUGGUGGACGCCAGGGCACGGGAGGACCAGACUCCCCUCCACAUUGCGUCCCGUCUGGGAAAAACAGAGAUUGUGCAGUUGCUGCUGCAGCACAUGGCCCACCCUGAUGCUGCCACCACCAAUGGCUACACCCCGCUCCACAUCUCGGCCAGGGAGGGUCAGGUGGAGACAGCCUCUGUCCUGCUGGAGGCCGGAGCUUCACACUCACUGGCCACAAAGAAAGGUUUUACUCCGCUGCAUGUGGCUGCCAAGUACGGAAGCCUAGAUGUAGCCAAACUUCUGCUACAGCGUCGGGCUCCACCUGAUUUUGCUGGAAAGAACGGCCUCACCCCGCUCCAUGUCGCAGCACAUUAUGAUAACCAGAAGGUAGCGCUCCUGCUUCUUGACAAAGGAGCAUCUCCUCACACCAUGGCCAAGAACGGCUACACUCCCCUCCACAUCGCAGCCAAGAAGAACCAGAUGGAAAUCGCCACCGUGCUGCUGCAGUACGGAGCUGAGACCAAUAUAUUGACCAAGCAGGGCGUCACUCCACUCCAUCUGGCCUCCCAGGAGGGCCACGCAGACAUGGCUGCCCUGCUCAUAAGCAAGGAAACCCAGGUCAACGUGCAAACUAAGAGCGGCCUGACUGCCCUCCAUCUGGCAGCUCAGGAGGAUAAAGUGGCGGUUGCCGAGAUUCUAGCCAGGAACGGAGCCAACCUUGACCAGCAGACCAAACUGGGAUACACACCGCUAAUUGUAGCAUGUCACUAUGGUAACGCCAAGAUGGUCAACUUCCUGCUUCAGAAUGGAGCCAGUGUCAACGCUAAGACCAAGAAUGGAUACACUCCCCUUCACCAGGCAGCCCAGCAAGGAAACACACACAUCAUUAAUGUACUGCUGCAAGGCGGUGCCAAGCCCAACGCCAUCACUGUGAAUGGAAACACUGCGCUGGGGAUUGCUCGGAGGCUGGGCUACAUCUCUGUGGUGGAUACGCUGAGGGUCGUCACUGAGGAGAUCAUUACCACCACGACGACGGUGACUGAGAAACACAAGCUGAACGUGCCAGAGACCAUGACUGAAGUGCUGGAUGUCUCCGAUGAAGAGGGUGAUGACACGAUGACAGGAGAUGGAGGGGAGUAUCUGAGGGCCGAGGACCUCAGGGAGCUGGGAGAUGACUCCCUGCCAGGACAGUAUCUGGAUGGAAUGAACUACCUCCGCUUCAGCCUGGAAGGAGGACGCACUGACAGUUCAGACAGGUCCUUCACACCCACCCACCACAGCUACUACUCCCCCAAACACGAGGGCCUGAUGGAGGAGAUGCUCACCAGUCACCAGGUUUCAUCACUUGCCAGGGAGAAUGAGAGGGAUUCAUAUCGUCUGAGUUGGGGCACAGAGAACCUGGAUAAUGUGGCUCUAUCCUCCAGUCCCAUCCACUCUGGCUUCCUGGUCAGCUUUAUGGUGGACGCCAGGGGCGGAGCCAUGCGUGGUUGCCGGCACAAUGGCCUACGCAUCAUCAUCCCACCCAGGAAGUGCAGCGCGCCCACACGUGUGACGUGUCGGCUGGUGAAGAGGCAUCGUCUGGCCACCAUGCCCCCGAUGGUUGAGGGCGAGGGCCUGGCCAGCAGGCUCAUCGAGGUGGGGCCGUCUGGUGCCCAGUUCCUUGGUCCAGUGAUUGUGGAGAUCCCCCACUUUGCUGCCCUGCGGGGAAAAGAGAGGGAGCUGGUGAUUCUGAGGAGUGAGACUGGAGAAAGUUGGAAGGAGCAUCACUGUGAACACACCCAGGAAGAACUCAACCAGAUACUCAACGGCAUGGACGAGGAGCUGGACACGCCAGAGGAGCUGGAAAGGAAGCGCAUAUGCCGUAUCAUCACUAGAGAUUUCCCACAAUACUUUGCAGUGGUUUCACGCAUCAAACAAGACAGUAAUCUGAUUGGUCCUGAAGGAGGCAUCCUGAGCAGCACUGUUGUGCCCCAAGUACAGGCAGUGUUCCCUGAGGGGGCUCUCACCAAGAGGAUCAGGGUUGGACUGCAGGCCCAGCCAGUGAGUGUGGAUGUAGUGAGGAAGAUCCUGGGGAACAAGGCCACCUUUAGUCCCAUCGUCACCCUGGAACCCCGCCGGAGAAAGUUCCAUAAACCUAUCACCAUGACCAUUCCUGUCCCCAAGAGCAACUCUGACCCAGUCCUCAACGGCUUCGGAGGAGACACCCCCACCUUACGACUGCUCUGUAGUAUAACCGGUGGAACAACGCCUGCUCAGUGGGAGGACAUAACAGGAACCACUCCAUUAACAUUCAUCAAUGACUGUGUCUCCUUUACCACCAAUGUGUCUGCCAGAUUCUGGCUGAUAGACUGUCGGCAGGUCCAGGAAUCUGUCAAUUUCUCCACUCAGGUGUACCGAGAGAUCAUCUGUGUCCCUUACAUGGCCAAGUUUGUCAUCUUUGCAAAGACCCAUGAUCCCAUUGAGGCUAGACUGCGUUGCUUCUGCAUGACAGAUGACAAGAUUGACAAAACCCUGGAGCAGCAGGAGAACUUCACUGAGGUGGCCCGCAGCAGAGAUGUUGAGGUCCUGGAAGGUAAACCUAUCUAUGCAGACUGCUUUGGAAACCUUGUUCCUCUCACCAAAAGUGGCCAGCACCAUCUCUUCAGCUUCUUUGCCUUUAAAGAGAACAGACUAGCACUCUUUAUCAAAAUCAGAGACAACACUCAGGAGCCAUGUGGCCGUCUGUCCUUUAUGAAAGAACCUAGGAACUACAGGUCACUCACCCAAAAUGCCAUAUGCAACCUCAAUAUCACUCUCCCAUCGUACUGCAAGACCAGCGGAACACUAGAGAAAUUAGAUCCACAGGAUGAAGCAGAGAGAAAAGAGCAACGGUUGGCCAUUAUAGCCGACCAUCUGGGCUUCAGCUGGACGGAGUUGGCACGAGAACUAGACUUCAGUGAGGAGAGGAUCAACCUAAUAAGGAUUGAAAACCCCAACUCACUACAAGACCAAAGCCAUGCCCUUUUGAAACUGUGGGUAGAGAGAGAGGGGAAGCAUACCACAGAAGCAACACUGAUUAAAAGACUGACUAAGAUCAACCGAAUGGACAUCGUUCACCUCAUUGAAACCAAGAUAAUCAAGUCCACUCAGGAGGAGACAUCAUCACAUACCUAUGCAGAAAUAGAGCGGACCAUAGCACUGGAUCAUAGUGAAGGUUUUUCCGCUCUUCAUGAGGACAUAGACAGCCCCAGGCCAGGCAGGCGUACAGAGGCCACAAGUAGGAGUCCAGGCUCAGGGCAAGAGGUACCCAUGGUGUCAGCAGAGGACCUGUCCACCAGUUUGUCAUCACUUCACGAGACAGCAGGGCGACCAGAGACAGACGCCACAGCAACAGGCUUUCUUAGAAAUGCCCAGAAAGAGAAACUAGAAAAAGAGAUGGAGUCAACACACUCAUCACAAAGAGUAUAUGAGGAAUUGACAGACACAGUACACACAGGCAGUUUGAAACAAGUAAGUCCUUUCUUCACAUUGUACUGCACCUCCCCUUACAACCUUCGAUCCCAUGUGAUAGACCCUCUGUACAAAGGGAGACCCAUAUUAUGCGCCCAAAUUUCCCCACCUCCUUACCCCACUGUACAGCCUUGUGAUGAUGAAGGGGCUGCUGGAUAUGAGGGGGCAGAGGGGGGAGAGGAGUGGAGCUUGGAGUGUCUGCAAACUACCCAUUCUCAAUACAGUGCUCAUCACUUGUCACCGCUGCCUUGGCGAGAGUCUUCCAAUAGUUCUCGGACAGGCGUAUGCGAGAGUCGACCGUUAUCUAUGACCGAUUUUGGAGAUAGCUUGAUUGAGUGUGAUCAAGCUGAACAAGACUUUAGAAAACUUUCUAUGGAGCUCACAGAAACCGAAGAGGUCACUGAAAAGGUUUGCUUUACGGAACAACCUACAAGUGAACAAAGGCCACUACCAACUGAGACCACCUCUGUGCCUCCUUCUGGUUCCGCAACGACAGAAUCCAAGCAGACCAAACAAAUGGCUAGAACACACGUGGAAGAAGUUUCACGUCGACUCUAUCAAGUCUUGUAUGGAUAUGAUGUUGAGUUUAUCGAUUCAGAUAGUGAGGAUGUGUCCGCAGUGGUGAUGAAUGCAGCCCCUGAAGAUGCAAAUCAAGCUGGAGCCAGGAAAGAUGAACUUGUGGGAGCUGCAAAACACAUGAAUGUUGAUGAAAAUGUUUCAAACUCUGAGCAUAAGAUUGAUGUUCACCAAGUCUUAAUGUCAGGGGACCUUGAUGUCACUUCCCUUCAUGGCAUGAAUCAAACCAAGACUGCCAAUCAGGCAUUAGCAGGUCCUUCUGUCACUUGUACCAUUCCAAGUUUAUUGUCUGAAAAACCAAAACUCAUGAGUUCAACGGGCUUCAUUCAGAGGUCACAUGACUCAACUUUUGAGAAGAUAGAUAUUUAUUCAGUGGAUAAGUUAGACAUACCAAAAGCUGAGUAUAGCUUUGAGAAGACAAUGUCAUCCAGACAGAAUGAAAAUGAGGUUGUGGUCUCUGUAGAGUCUACAUCUGACAUUAAUGCAUCCAGAUAUAGAUCCUGUUUACCUGAAUCCACAUGUGAAACCAUUUGUGACCUUAAUAGCUUAGUUCAUGAUGGAUCAUCUUCAUGUGAAUGUGUGACUGAAAUAGCAAUAUUACAAACUGAGAGUAGGGCCUCAACGCCUGAUUCAGCAUUGUCAGUUCAUGAGCUUAAUUUUCUUGCACCAGAUUCUCCAAUACCUCAAUUCAGGCCAUUGUCUCCCCUACCACCUCCUGUUUCUCCAUGGGAAACUGGUGACGUUGGGACUUCUGCCCAGGGGCAACCAUUACUGAGUGCACCAGGAGACAUCCAUAUGCUGUUAACAUCAGGGGCAGAGGAAAGACCAUUAACACCAAUGGUUUCAAACAAAAGACCAUUUGGAGGGCCAGUAUCACUAGGCAGUGAUUAUAGUGGUGAGAGAUCUAUUUCACCUCAGUCAUUAACUUUUGACAAAGAAGACAGAGCAGCGUCACCUGAGUCUGACAUUUUAGAAACGAUUCCGUAUUUUUUUACGUCUUUUGAGCAUGUGAGGCCUGGUUUGCAUGAGAUGAGACCAUCAUCUCCUGAAUCCGGUGGGUGCAUAACUGCACAUUGUAAGCUACCACGAGACUCCCCUAUCCCACAAUUUAGACAAGUCUCUGAGUCCUUUACAACUUGUCAGUGUAGAUCAUCAUCACCUGAGCCAGUGUCAUCAGAUCUGGAUUUUGAAACUACACUUUUGUUAUCAAAGCCUCUUGAAAACAGGCCAUCAUCCCAAGAAUCUCUAGCAUCUGUAAAUGAAUAUAAGGCACUUUCACCGGAUUCACCUAUACCCAAAUUAAGUCACAGCUGGCCUGACUCAGCUAUUGUAAUGAUAGAGGAAAGGUUCAUUUCACCUGAAUCACAGGAAUGCUCAGAUGUAGAAUAUGGCUCCAUGUCUCCAGCAAUAGUCAGCCAUGAAGAUAGAGCUUCAUCAACUGAUGCAGCUUCAUCUGGAGAUGAAUCUGAUUCUGUUUUAACUGUUGGUGGACAGAGAUUACCCAUCCCUGAAUCAACUGAAUCUGCAGAGAUAGUGUGUAAGCCCAUACAUGCUGAUGAAGGAAGAAAAUCAUUGGAACCAUUAGUAUUUGAUACACAAAACAAUCCAUCAACAUCAGUAGAAUCGGUACCCGAGGAUGAUGAUGAUUGGUUUAUUAUAUCUGUAUCUGAUAUUGAGGAAAGACCACUUUCACCAGAGUCAGUACCUGACUAUAGACCAAUGUCUCCACAGUCGGUAAUGUUAGACAUUAGAGCAUCCUCUCCUGAAUCAGAAACAUUCAGUGAGUUUCUCCCUCCAGAUUCUCCCAUACCGCAAUAUACACUGUCUGAGCACCAUGCUGUUGCUAUCAAUGAUCAUUCAUCAUCACCAGAAUCUGAGUUGUCAGGCACAGAGUAUGAGGCCAUGCCAUUGCUAUCAUAUUUUGAGAAACGGCCUUUAUCUCCUGAUUCAAGUGGUUCUGAAAGUGAUUAUGGGCAUAAUCCUACAACUCACCUAACUCUUGAGAAAGACACAAAGCAUGAACGAGCUAUUGUUGUGGAAGAUCAAGCAUUUGCUGAAGAGCAAUUUGAAACAAAAACAAAUAUAAUUACUGGUCUAGAGAAGUCAAAAACUCAAGAAAAAUAUUCAACCUUUGUUUCAUCCAAAUCUAAAGAAGAAAAUCCUAUGAAACAUAAUGAAACUGAAAUUGCUAAGAUACAAUCAGUUGUGCCUGAUGUCAGUCAAUUUAACCAAAACGUUUUCACACCACCAGCAGGAGCUGAGGUCUGGUCAGCUAAAGUUACAAAAGAAUUCUGUCAUGAGUUUCUUGAUGAAGAAAAUGCAAAGGAGGAAAUGUACAACCCCAUUACUAAGGAGAGAAAAUUGGCCAGAAAGAAAAAAUCAAAAAAAUCAGUCAAAUCUGAUAAUAAAACUGUGCAGAAUGUUACAAAAUAUGGAAAAGAAUCAUCUGAGUUUAGGGAUACAUAUGAGGAGACACAAGGACCUGUUCAAGCUCUGUCACCUCUUUUGUCUCCAGAAUCUGCAUCUAAUUAUCAACCAUUAGCAUUUAGUACAAAUGUUCCCGAUGAUCAUCAGUUACCCAGAGAGUCUUCAGUUUCUGUAACUCAGCAUCAUAUACCACUAUCCUUAACAGAAUAUUCAGAACCAGUCUACAGUUUAUCAUAUGAUGCAGAACUCUGGAAGCUCAUCUCUCAAAUUCAUGACCCGCAGUAUGUAGGAGAAAAUUUCAUGAGUAAAAUAGGAGUAUUUCAGUUUGCUGAAACAAAGACAGAGUCUUACCAGACCAAGUUAGAUGUAAUGACUGAAGAUGAAGCUGCUGCUUUGCAAUCCGAAAAUUACAGAAGAUCAUUGUCACCUGAUUCUGAAGGAGAGAGACCCAUGUCUCCAGAUUCCUCCAACUCAGGGAGAUCUGUAGAUAGUCAGGGAGCUUUACUGCCAGAUUCCCCUAUCCCUCAGUUCUUUGUCUCUUUCUCUGGACCUCUUCAAGUUUAUCACAGGUCAAUGUCAACAGAGUCAGCAUUGUCAGAUCUGGAUCUGGAGAGAGAUAUAAACAUUUCUUUUCUUUUUGAAGACAGAUCAGCUUCUCCUGAUUCAGUAACAUCUGUAAACAUGUACAGGACACUAUCGCCAGAAUCACCUAUCCCUGACUUUAGACCGUCUUUAGCGGAAUCAGUUAAAAUUGCCACAUUGGAUCGAUCUUCAUCAGUUCAAUCAAUAACCUCUGAUUUAGACUGUGUGUCUGUCUCUUCAUCAGAAUUCUUUGCUCAGAACAGACCAACAUCCCCAUGUUCCAUUGAUGAAAACAGGCCACUUUCACCUGAGUCACCCAUCCCUGUGUUUGGACAGGGUUUAGCAGAAUUUGGUGGUUGGACGGCACUGUCAAGAUCCUCGUCAACUUUUUCAGUUUGUUCAGAUUUAGAAUAUGGGGCUGUGUCUCUGUCACAACUGUUCUCUGGAGUUAGACCAUCCUCACCCAAGUCAGUAGUUUCCGGAGAUGAAUACAGAGGUGACUCAUCGAUACCAGAAUUCAAAACAGGGCUGACUGAAUCAGUUUUAGUUAUUGCUCAUAGAUCAUCUUCUCCCGAGUCAGUGGUUUCUGAUAUUGAAUAUACACAAUCAGAUGUAGGUAUAAGUAUUUGUGAGCAAAGGCCUGACUCACCAGAUUCUCAAGUAUUAGGGACCACAGAGAGACCAUUUGCCGGUAGUAGUCAAACCUUACCUCUAAAGGCAAUAAGGGUACCAGUGUAUAGGCUUGUUUAUGAUGCUGAACUUUGGAGGCUCAUUUCUCAAAUACGUGAUCCCCAAUAUGUUGGGCAGACUUUUUCCAGUAAAACUGCUGUUUUCAAGUAUGCAGGGAUAAGAACUGAGUAUGUUCCAGAGGAUUCAGGUGUGAAGGAGGAAGAGUUGGAGGGUGGUGUGAAGCUGGACAUUGCAGAUUCAUCAGAUGCAGAUGUUCAUCAAGCAAUGCAAAGAAAGACUGAGGGAAAAGAGAGCCCAGUGCCAGAGUACAGGUCUUUACCACCCGGCACACUGAUAAGUGAAGCAGUUGUUUCCGUGCUUGAGGAAUCAGCUGCUGAUGCAAUAUAUAGAACAAACCAGCUCAUAUGUCAACGGCAUGAUCCCCAUUUUAUUGGAGAAGCCUUUGUAAAUAGAGCUGAAAUGUUUGAAUAUGAGGAUAUUAAUAAAGAAUGUGUUGUGCUUGAUUCAAGUGCAGAAGAGACAGAGACAGAAUGUAGGUCUCUCUCACCUGAGGCCCUGAAGUUACUAAGUAUUCCGAAGGCUGAUUUGCAGGAGACAGGAAUCUCUUUAGAUGAGUACAGACCUUUGUGUCCAGAUUCAUCAAUUUUUCUUCAACUUUCUGUCUCAAUUCCUGAAUCCUCAGUGGAACAUAACAGGGCACCAUCUUCCAAUCCUGUGUCAGAUUCAGAACUUGAGCAAUUUGAUGUUGCUGCUUUGUCUUCGAGGUUAUCAUCUCCUGAAUCAGAAGCAUCACUAAGCAAAAAUGGGCUUUUCUCACCUGACUCACCAGUGCCUGACUUUAGGCCAGAUUUACAGAGCUCUCCUGUUUUAUUUGGUGGAUCUAGAUCUUCCUCACCUGAAUCAGGUGCCUCAGAUCUUGAGGGUUCAUCAGAGUUCUUUCCUUCAGAAUUCUGCAUUCAAGAUAGACCAGAUUCUUCUGAUUCAGCGACAUCAGAAAUUAACAUGCAGCCACUCUCACCAGACUCAGUGGCAAGUUCUGAAAAUGAGUUCAGGGCAUUUUCACCUGAUUCACCGAUACCUGAAUUCAGACAGGCUAUACUUCACCCAGCUACUUCAACUGCUGAAUACAGAUCUCCAUCCCCUGAGUCAUUUUGUUUUUCAUAUAUAGAGAAUGAAGAUGUAUCAUCUUCAUCAGUGUUCAAUGAUCGUCGACCUCCAUCACCUGACUCAUGGGUAUCUGGAGAUGAGCACCAGGCUCUGCCACCAGAUUCACCUGUACCUCAGUUCAUGGCAAGAGUAGUUGAAUGUUUUCCGUCGUUUAUUGGGUUUAGGUCACCACCCCCUGUAUCAAAUACAUCAGAUGAUGAAUAUGCAUCUUUGAUGAAUUCCCCACCUGAUACUGAAGACAGACCAGCUUCUCCGGAGUCGUUAGAACUAGAGGAAGAAGAAGAGAGACCUCUGUCACCUGAUUCUGAACUGGAAUACAGGACAUUUUCCUCUGCAUCUUUGAUGCUAACGUCAAAUUUCAGAUCGUUGUCUCCUGAUUCAGCUGGCUCGUUGGAUGAAUUCAGAGCUCUAUCACCAGACUCACCUAUUCAAGAGUUUACACAGGUGGUACAAGAGUCAUUAAUCACACACAUGGAAUAUAGAUCCUCUUCACCCGAGUCAGUAUUGUCAGAUUUGAGCAUUGAAAUGGAAUUAUCUCUCUCAGUGUUAUUGGAGAGCCGACCCUCAUCUCCUGAGUCUUUAACAUCAGUCAGUAAAUACAGAAGACUCUCUCCUGAUACUCCCAUAUCUAAGUUUUGGCCAGCUUUGCCAGUUCUGUAUGAUUAUGUUAACACUUACAGGUCAUUAUCACCAGAUUCAGUGGCAUCAGAUGCAGACUUUGACCCACUAAUGUCUCCGCUGUUUGAAGUCGAGGGGAGGGUGGAUUCUCCGCAGUCAAUGUCAUCUUUCUAUGAAUACCAACAUUUGUCCCCAGACUCUCCAGUACCUCAAUACAUCCAUACUGAACCUUUCAUAUUAACAGCAAUGUGUAGAUCCACAUCACCUGGAUCAGUAUAUUCUGAUGAGGACUUAGAGACAGAUUUGUGUAUCCCCUGGCUUUUUGAGGACAGAGCAGCAUCUCCUGGUUCAGCUACAUCAAAAGAUGAAUUUAGACCUCUUUCACCAGAUUCACCCAUUCCUGACUUUACACAGGCAGAACAAGAGUCCAGAAUAUCCCAUAUGGACUUAAGGUCUUCUUCACCUGAAUCAGAGGCUUCAGAAAUAGAAUAUGUACCUUUGAUUUCACAGAUGCUUGAUUUUGAAGACAGAGCAGAUUCUUGUCAAUCAGGGGAGUCUGAACUUGAUUUAAGAUGCUUGUCUCUUGACUCUCCCUUACCCCAGUACACCAUGACUGCACCCACUAUGUUUGGAGUCAGAUGCAGAUCCAUAUCACCUGACCCAGUAUAUUCAUAUGAGGAUUUAGAGACAGAUUUGUGUAUCCCCUGGCUUUUUGAGGACAGAGCAGCAUCUCCUGGUUCAGCGUCAUCCGAAGAUGAAUUUAGAGCACUUUCGCCAGACUCACCCAUUCCCGCAUAUACUGAGGUACGACAGCUGUCCUUCAUAUCACACAUGUUCCUAAGGUCCAUUUCACCUGAAUCACAGGUGUCUGAUCUUGAUGAGGAAAUUGAGUUAUCUUUCCCAACGGUUAUAGAAGACCGAUCUUCUCCCGAGUCCUUAGUAUCUCUUAGUAAAUACCGAAGACUGUCUCCUGAUUCCCCUAUACCUGAUUUCAGACAGGCUUUGCCAGAGACAUAUCCUGAGUUUAAAGCUUCCAGGUCAUCUUCACCUGAUUCUGAGUCUUCAGAAAUAGAAUAUGCACCUUUGAUUUCACAAAUGUUUGAUUUUGAUGACAGAUUGGAAUCGCAUCAGUCAGAGGUGUCUGAAUCUGAUCUGAGAUGUUUGUCUCCUGACUCUCCCUUACCCCAGUACAACAUAAGUGCACCCAUUAUAUUUGGAGUCAGAUACAGGUCCACAUCACCUGACCCGGUAUAUUCAGAUGAGGAGUUAGAGACAGAUUUGUGUAUCCCCUGGCUUUUUGAGGACAGAGCAGCAUCUCCUGGUUCAGUUACAUUCAAAGAUGAAUUUAGAUCUCUUUCGCCAGACUCACCCAUUCCCAAAUUUAAACAGGCACUACAAGAGUCCACCAUAUGUCAUGUGGACUUGAGGUCCACUUCACCUGAGUCACUGUUGUCAGAUUGGGAAAUGGAAUUAUCCUCCCCCACAUUCUUGGAAAACAGACCUUCAUCUGCUGAAUCUUUAGCAUCAAUUGGACAUUCACCUGAUUCACCUUUACCUGACUUUAUGCAACCAGUGUUUGGAUUACCUGAAACUAUUUGUGGAUAUAGGUCAACAUCCCCUGAGUCAACCUGUUCUGAUGUAGAAUACAUUGUUAUAAGCCCGGGAACACAUAUUUAUGAAAAUAGACCCCAUUCACCUGGCUCAGGGGCAUCUGAAGAUGAAUACCAGGCUCUGUCACCAGACUCACCAAUACCUGAAUACAGUACAGGAGUGCCUGAAAAUGUCAUUGUGAAUGUUGGCUAUAGGUCAUCCUCCCCAGAAUCCAUUGAAUCAGAACUUGAGUAUGCUUUGAGUGAGGACAUUAGGAAAUCUAGUGCAGAGGGUAGACCGGAUUCUCCUGAAUCAGCAGGAUCAGGAGUGCAAGAGAGACCACUAGAAGAGAGGUCAGCAUCACAAGAGCUUUUCGAAAUAGAUGAGGACAAAUUGCUUUUGCCACCAAAUAAAUCGAUACCCCAAAAUGUAUCAAUUACCAAUGUAACAACCACUACUAGAACUGAUGUAUCAUCAGCGAUGGCGCCUACCUCCCCACAGGAAUCAGCUGCUAUGGCAGCUGAGUAUAAUCUAAUUUAUGAUGCAGACCUAUGGAAGCUGAUUUCUCAGGUUCACGAUCCUCAGUAUGCUGGAGAAACUUUCAGUAAUAAAACAGGAUUUAUUCAGUUUAUUGGUAGUGCAAAAGAAAUUAAUGUUCCAGAUGAUAAACAAGAUAAAGUAAAAGAUAAAAGUGAGCGUGAUGUCAUUGCCACACUCUUACCUUCAGAGGGGACACAUCCAUUUGCUUCAACAGACAUAACCACAACUGAUGAUGUUUGCUCUUCAAGUGCACAAGUUACAUCUGAUAUAUCUGUUUCAGAGUCACCUCCACCAGGGAUUGAACCCAUUUUGUUCUUUGAAGCAGCUCCAUACAGACAGGCUAAGUACACAUUUGAAGUACUUAUCCCUGAGGCACAAACAAAGUCUGAUGAUGAUUGGGUGAUUGUUUCCAAAUCUGAUGAUGUAUGCUAUUCACCAGAAUCCCUGAUAGACUACAGGCCCAUGUCUGCUAAUUCAAUGGUGCAAGAAACAAGACCAUCGUCCCCAGAAUCUGUAACAUCAGUCAAUGAAUUUAGACCACUCUCCCCAGAUUCCCCCUUACCUGACUUUGCAGUUGCAGUGCCAGAAUGUGUAAUAUUCUUGAGAUCAACAUUAUCUUCACCUGAAACUUUGGCAUCAGAUAUAAAUAAUGUGCCAUUUGAAAGCUUGGAAUAUCAAUUUGCAGAACACAGGCCAUCAUCUCUAGAAUUGACACCUGAGUUUGAUGGGAACAGGUCACUAUCUCCAGACUCUCCUAUCCCUCAGUUCACAGUGUCAUUGGAGUAUGCCACUACACUUGGCACAUCAUCACCUGAAUCAAUAGAUUUAGAUUCAGAGUGCGAGCUUAUGGUCACAUCAUCAAGAGACACUGAGACUGACAGACCAUCCUCAUGUGAAUCCAUAUCAUCUAUCAGUGAGUUCAGAAAACUAUUGCCUGACUCACCAGUACCUGAUUUUAUGAGAAUAUUGUCUUCUUAUUUUAUGGAUGCUCCCCAGGUUGACAGAUCGUAUUCACCAGUGUCUUUCUCGUCAGACUGUGAGUUUGUAGCUUUACCUAUUGACUGUUGGAUUGACGACAGCCCAAGGCCACUGAGCCCCAAGGAGGUUGAGUCAGAAGAGGAAUUAUUUUGUUGGGAAGAUACUAAUAGGGUCAUCACUAAACCACAAGUUUUGAGUCAUGUGACAUCUCCUGUAUUGCCCCAGUCUUCAUCAUUACCAAUUCAAACUAGUGAGACAAAGUCUAAGAAAGGAUAUGUCAGUCCUGACUGGCAAAAAGGGCCGCAAUCAGAAGUUUUGUCAUACAAAUGGACCCAGUGUGGAUCAGAAGCUGAAAGUAUCUCCACUUUACAUGCCAUGGUUUGUGAGAAAGACUUCUGCAAAGACUCUCCUGUGAAACUGUCAUCAGUUCAAGAUGCAAAGAGAAAAGAAAAGCUCUUACACGUCAGUGCUGGAGGAGUCAAGAACAAGAUGGCCUCACAAAGGGCUUCUCCACAGACACCAGAGGAAACUCAGUUUCAAACAGACAGUCAGGUGCAAAGCAAACUGUUGUCUGCUACAACGGUGACACAAGAAAUCAAUAAACUAGGUGUGGUGUCCAAUGAUGACGAGCCAAUGAAAUCUGUUCCCCUAAAGCUGCCUGACCAGGAUACAUACACAACCCACAGAAGUGUUUCCCCCAUUCUACCUGCACUUUUACCUGAGUGGGAGCUGUCUCCUGAGAAAGCACAGUCCAAUGAGCUAUUUUCACCCAUGUCUACUCAGUUUUUGGUACCACCAGAUUAUGAAGCAGUAUUUUCAGGACAUCAAACCCUGAGAGUUUCUGAUUUUAGCCAAGCAUCCCUGAAUGAUUCGGUGUCCCCAGUGUUCAGAGACUCAGUUUCAGCUCAGGCAGACACCUCCAAGGGAGAGUCUGCAAAUGUUGAACAUUUAGAGUUUUCUCCAGACUUUAACAGAGUCCUCUCCGAAUCCGGGCAAACAGUCUCUGAUUUUGAUCCAGAGGUCCUACCAAAGGAACUUAGUAAGGGAUCGGACAGUCCACAGCACUCUGACUCAGACACGGAAUUCUUUGACUGCAGACAAGCCUUGUCUGACUUCUCUGAACCAGAGGAAGAGAAACUGAAACAUGAGAUUGCCUAUCAUAUCUCUGAACCCCCAUCGCCACUGCCUGGGAGCAGCCCUGAUGUUGGCUUCCUGAAAGGGAGCCCUCAGUACACCUCUCAGCCUUUCCUCCGAGUGGAAGAUUACAAGCAUUUCUCCUCUGGCAGUGAAAGUCUCAAUGAAUUUGCUUAUGAUUCGGAUGGUUCACGGGAGUGUCCAACAGUGGGCAACCUCCCAGUGUGUGAGGAGCUUCCUUCGAGAGAUCAGGCAGGGUAUAGCGAUGAUGAUGACUUCCUGGGAAGGGAGAUAGCAGAGGAGCUAGGGAUGCUGUCCUCUGAUAGCUCAGAGGAGGAGGUGCUGACCACCAGGGUGGUCCGACGCAGAGUUAUCAUUCAGGCAGAUACCCUGCCAGAUAUCCCAGCACAGACCGUCACAGAGGAGAAGUACACAGAUGAGCACGGCCACAUGGUAGUUAAGAAAAUCACACGCAAGGUGAUUCGUAAGUAUGUGUCAGCAGAUGGCAUGGAGACGCAGGAAGUGACUGUUGAGGGUUCUCACCAGGAGUCAGUGCAGAUCGAGGAGGGAGACAGCGUCUCCAGAGUGGUGAAGAGGACUGUACUUCACAGUGAAGGAGAUCAGAAAGAGCUGACCUUCUCAGAGCCCCUGGCUCUUGGCGCCGCCACUGAAUCUGAGUUUGAGGUGGAGCCGGUGAAAGGUCGAAAGGUCAGCAAGGUUGUCAAGACAACAGUGGUGAGAGGCGAGAGGAUGGAGAAGCAGACGGGGGACCCUUCACUGACUGCAGAUCUCCCUUCAGCUAGACAGGACUUUGAGAAGGCGUUGAGUUAUGCUGGAGGCUUUGGGAAAGUGCUCCUGCCUCAUGUAGUAGAGAAAGAGAUUGUGCAGGACGACGGUUCUGUGGUUAAAAGAAGCCAGAUGCGUAAGUGUCGGACCCAGAAGAGGACUGUGGUGAGGGAUGUCCAGGGAAAGCAUGUGCACCUGGAGCGUCUGGACGACAACCCAGACGCCCUGCAGCCCGACGCACUGCAGCAGCACCUGCACCAACUGCUCCAACGCUACUGUGGGGACGACCAGGAGGAGGAGGAGGAGGAGGAGGAGGAGGAGGGAGAGGAAGAGGAGAGCUUUGACUGAGCAGCUGCUUCCACUAAUCUUUUCCCUACAUCUUCCACUGAAGCCUUUGGUGACAUACGCUUCCUCAGAUGUCCCAGCCCCCCUUCCUGUUGUCCUCACUGAUCACUGGAUUACACUCUUUCUUUUCUUUUCUUUUCUUUUCUUUUCUUUUCUUUUCUUUUUGUCAAUAAUGAAACAGUAUUUUUCAUGCUUUAUCACUCUUCCUCCCUUCACAUUGUGUUUCAUUUGCUCUUUUUGUGACCAAAGAUGGCACCCCUUCUGUCGGAUGAUUAUUUUUGUUUCUGGCUGCUGUGGUGUGAUCACAGUACGAUGCACCAAAGGUGGAUCAAAGUCAGCGGGGGCAUCUAGGACAUUUCCCCUCACACACGGGCCUCUUCUUGAAGAACUCUUGUAAACAUUUGUACAUAGAGGGGAUGAAAAAGAUCAUGCUUGGACUGGUGAAAAAGUUGAAAAAAUGGAAAGCAUUUAAUACAUUAGCCCACGUCAACCUGCUGUACAUGCACCGAUUCAGCUGGAGAAUGGCCACCGUACAGAUGAGAUUAAUGUUCCAGAGAGAGUUCAUGGAGAGGAGUGAAUGUGUGUAUCACCAUGGACUCUUUUACAGCCACCCUGAUCAGUUUACAAAGGCUGUGUGGUCACACCUUUUGUCUUCCCAUGAUGCAUCUGCCCUUAUUUUGUUUUAAGUGUGCGUCUUUCUAAUGUGUGUUGUGAAUUCACAUGUUAUCCGUCACAGAGCUGCCACCUCUGUGUGUAUAUACAGCGUGUCUAUUGAGAAAGAAAGUAGUAAUGAGGAAUGUUUUUUUGAGGAUCACUCACCGUCGUCUGUGUUCCAACUCCACCUUCACGUGCUGCUUCUCCUCACUUCGUACUGCAGCCAUGCUCAGAAAAGUGUCCUCCAUCGAGCCUUGAAAGGAUAAAGCUGGUUAUUCUUCUCUUCUUGUCAACAAAUCUCAUGUACAGAAACAAACCGACAAAGAAACCACCUAUUAUUAGAGAUUGUGUGUGUAUCAAAGCCCUAUAUAUCUUGGUUUUCUGUGCCAUAGAAGUCGGUCGUUGUCCAAUAAUGAUGUUUCUUCAUUACCAUGAAAAUCUUUAGUCAAAACUAGUGGACAUGUUUUAAAUUACCAAGUCAACAUUUGUAUGUAGGGCCCAUGUAGGUAGUAAAUGGGCUGAAAAAUAGACCCCUGCCAAAUGGCCACAUGGGUGGGUUUACCCAAGUGUGCCAAAAAUGGGUUAUGCUAGGGGCUACCUGGGUACCAAGUGGGCCCAGAGUGGCAUCUUAUCUGGGGCCCACAGGUAAACCCAUGUGGGCAAUUGGCAUGUGGUAAUUGGUGCACUUCACCCGUUUCACACGUCAAAGUCAUUUUACUACUUGUUAGUACUUCUAAAGGGCCGUCCACACCAAGGACUACAACCGUAACUAUAACCAUAACCAUACAUCCAUGGAGGAUCCACGCUGAUGGAUGAUAGCAUUCUGUAAACUGCUUUGCAGUAAUUGAAUCAAACACUCUAAGUUUCAUUCAUACUUUGGUAUGAGUCAACAUGAAUGUGCUGACAUUGUGUCAGUGGUCAAAGAAGACAUCAGUAAAGACAAAACCAACUUCAGAGAGCCCAUUAGUGCCAGAGUGCGUUUGGUGUCAUGUCUCAGGGGGAAAAAAAUGACUUUUUUUGUCAUCUGCAGCCCAAUAAUAGGUCAUACAAUAACUGUGAUUGAGUGAUUCUACCAUGUUAACGGUUGUUCCUAAAUCUUAAAUGAGAGAGAUAUGCUGCAAUUAAGAAACUGAUAUUAUAAGCACUCCUAAAAUUUUAUUUUCUUGAAAAAUUGAAAUAUACUGAUGACAAACAAACUGAACACUUUAAAUUCAGAGGAUUUGGAUCUAAAUUUAAAAGUUAUGUUGCAUAUAAAUCAUCAUAUUAAGGUGAUGUUUUUUAAUCAAUAUGGGGGACUUUUUUCUUUCAUCUUCCUAUUCUGUUAACAGUCAGCAAGUCCAUCUACUGGCCAGAAUCUGCUACAGUCAGGGAGUUAAUUACUGAUGACAGGAAUAACAAAAGAAAACCAAACAGCUCCAAACAUCUCUUUUAAUAUAAAAACAGAAUUUUGUGGUCUAAAUUAGAUUUUAGGAUCUCUGUUGGUUGUGACGUCUAAAUAAGACAGAUUCUGAUUGGCUGUUAGUAUUUCUGUCGUUCAUGAAAUCACUCCAGUGAAUGAGUUUAGCGGUUGCUGUAGUGUGGACUCUAACAUGCACUUAAGUUUGAAUGAUUUUUAGUUAUUGUUGUUGGUGGGGAUGGCCCUUUAGCUGAUAAAACAAUAGUAUGCUGGAGGAGCUUUGUCAAGUCUGAGAAAGUAACCCUGAUGAUGUCAUAGUGUCGUCAUGUGUUAAUUCUUAACUGAACCCUUACAAGACAGAGUUGUGUUAGAAAGAUCAUCAUCAGAUAUUUACUUGUUUAUAAUUUACCUUUUAUUCUGCGUCAUUGCUCAUAUCAGGAAGAGUAGAGGUGUAUUUGAAAGAUUUUAGCUUGCCUUUGCUGCCAAUUAUUACCGAUAGUAAAACUAGUAUUUCACCUUAAUUCUCAUUGUCGUUGAUGCUGCAAAUAAAUCCGGCAGAAAAUGUUUUGAUGUGAACUUUUAUAAUACAAUUUCUUGUAUUAUGUAUUAAAACAUUUAGGGUACACUUUCUGAGACUUCCUUAUUCUUAUCUUAUUAUUACGUAAAUAACAAAAUGCCAUUAAAAAGUGACAUCAUUUUAGCUAUGUUAGAGAGGAGGGCAUUUCAAGAAAAAGUUACAGUUCAGGCUGUUUAAAAAAACAGUUGCAUGUUUUCAUACAAGAAGUAAAGCGCACAAAUCUGAACAAAUCCCACAUAACCAUGAGCUGGUAAUUUGUGCAUAACUCACAUAUUUUGGAAGGCAGCGAUCAUGUGACCAAUGUCAUGAGGAGUAAACAAGGAAGCAGUUUGAGGUGGUGGAUGCGUCACAAAAUGCUGGAAUUUUCUAUAGAUGUUUGGAAUCGUGCGAACAUGUGAACUUUAAGUCAUUGUAAGGUUGUCAUUAGUAUUUUUCUUUUCCUAAACCUAACCACAGUAACUUUCGAUGCUCUAACCUAACCUCUGUUACUGCAUGUUAAGGACAUAAUGUCAUUUGUGGGGCACUAAUUAAUAGGAUAUCUUAUAAACUGUUCCACAAGGUGAGGGUGUACAGUUACAGUCCUUCCAGGAUUUCACUGGCAUUAAAGGCAUGAAACGCCUGAUUUCACAGCUUUUCUAAAAGUCAGCAAAAACCAAAGGCCAAAGGCUUUUGUGCUGAUCAUCAGGGAAUUGCCAAGAAUUCACUGGGUUGGUCAAAUUUGCAUCACAAACAUCACAACAUCUUGGAGGGGUUGAUUAAGGGAGCGUGCCCACUGUAAUUUCUAAUAAGUUAAACCACAUACCUGCUUUCCAGAGUAAUCAUGAGAGCACCAAAUGUGGUUGUGAGUCCUGAGCAGCUGUUUUAGGAGAUGACUUAGGGGCCAUUACAGUCUCUUGCAUGAAAUGUUUAACUUUUGUUGUGGUUUGGCCUUUCGUUCACACCACAAUGGCAUUUUUUGGGCCUGAAAAUGCAAACUUUUGAAACAGGAUUCCAGAGUGUUAUUUUUUUGAAAACGCCACGCUUCUGUCACCAUGUAAACUGGUAAUGUGUAGAUCCUGUGAGAACAGUGACGUCCAGAUCACACUUUUUGCACUUUGCUUUUCUAUGAUAUGUCAUUACUAAGUUUCACCACCAAUUACUGGCCUGAAAUGCAUACUGCAGCGUCUAUCUACAUGAGGACUGUUUUUUCACAAUGUUAUCAUAUAAACGCAGAUUUAAAAAAAAAAAAAAAAAAAACGCAAUGGAAAGACUUUUCCAGUUUUAGUGGGGCCAUUAUAGUCUAAAUGUGGCCUGAGCCUUUUUAUAUAAAGUACAAAAUAUAAAAUAUUUAUUAUUGAGUAACCAGUCGGCUCUGAGCCACGAGACACAGUCAGGAUGGGACACCAGAGAGUGUUGAGAGACGGAUUAACACAUUGUUGGUUUUGGUCUCUUCAUGGGGUUUGUUGACAUUAAUAAACUAUAGAAUAUCAGCUGACAUAUCCUUUAAGUUUGUAUCCUCAACACAUACUAUAGAGAUGCUUUGCUUUAAUUGCUGUUGUUGUUUUGACUGUUUCUUGUUAUCAUUGCUAUCAGAGGAUCAUCUCAUCAACUUCACAUCCAGGCAAAGGCCAACUUUCACUGACUUCAGUCACCACAUAUUCAACCUCCUCAUUUAUUUAUUGCCAUCCAUCUGUGAUCCCUGUAUACUCCAGCAGCUGAAGCUGAGAGUAGUGUAUGUGUGUGUAUAUGUGUGUGUUUGGGAGUUUGUUUGAAUGUGUUCUAAAGCAAAAGGUAAAGACAAAGAUUUUUCUCCAUCGUAGACAAACAUUGGUUGGAUUGUGUACAUGCUGAUAAAGUAUGUUUGGUGUUCUUCUCCAGUUGAGACUUUAUCGAUGUAACGAUACAAUCCUUCAGUUGCCGUUUACUUUGUUUGUGAUCCAAUGGAAGAAUAAAAGAAAUGUCAAAGGAGAACAUUGAUUUGAUAAAUGAGCAUCUUGUUUCCAUGGUGAUAACAAUAUAUACAUAUUAACAGCGCAAAUAUCUAUGCGGGCAUGUAUGACUUUAUCAAAUUAUUACUUAAAAAAAUAAACCUGAAACGCUAACAAGGCAUAGCAGCUGCAGUGUGUACAUGGCAGAACAAUAAAACUGUACGUGUCCAAUGUGAA